CCGUUGUGUUGUUGUCUUCUUCUUUGCUUUGCUGCCUUUCACCAAUUUCUCUCUCUAAAGUCUACUCUUCCGCAGUUCCGCACCAUGGCUUCAACCUUGGCCAAGAGACUCACCUCCUCGCUGUUCAGACCUAAUCUCUCUCUUUCAUCAUCUUAUCCUCACCUCUGCACCCAUCAGGGUCUCUCAGAAACCGCAAAGAUCUCACCUUUCCUCCUUCAAUUCUUCAAUUCCACUUCAAUCAAGUCUCCCUCUUCACUGAACCCAAACCCCAAUUUCCCAGAUUCCCUUCUCACUGGAUCAACUACCCAGUUUAGGUAUCUUCCUAGCUUCAAAUACCCAUUUUAUCUUAACCAUAACCGUGAUCAAUUUUUGUUAAACAAGUGUGAAAAGGUGAGGUUUUUAUCGACUUCUGAAGAGCCGCCAUCAAAUGGCAAUGAAAAAUCUCAAAGUGCUUCUGAGUUCAAGCACCAGGAGAUCACUGGGCCCACCGUCGAGCGCGACGUCUCCGCGCUCGCCAAUGAGACCCGAGAGGUUCUUGAGAAGAUGAUGAAGAAUGUGUACAGUUUGAGCAAGGCGUUGGCGGUUCUCAGCCUUGUCCAGCUGAGUUUGGGUGCCUGGUUUCUGUAUGCUACUAGGGAUUCGCCCAUGCCUGAGAUUUCUUUGCAGAGCUUCUUGGCCUUUGGGCUUCCGAUUUCAUUGGCUUUCAUGCUCAGAAGGUCGCUCAAACCAAUGUAUUUCUUCAAGAAAAUGGAAGACCAAGGGAGGCUCCAGAUCCUGACUCUUACUCUUCAGGUUGCCAAGCAAUUGAACUUGUUCUUUUGUCGCGUCCAAGGCGUUUCUUAUUCCUGUAUUGGUGUUGCCGCUCUUGGAUUGAUCUAUGUUGCUUUGUCAAGAUAAAUUGAUCACAUAACUGCCAUUCUUUAGUUUUAUUGCACGUUUUCCAGCAUGAAUGAAGAGAAAAAAUGGUGGCUAUGAAUGGCCAUUGUUGAUUUUUGAAGCAUGUAACUCUUAGUGCUUUAAAUUAACUUCAAGAAAGAAAAAAAAAAACCAUUGAUUUUUGUUAUUCAAGAUUUAAAUGUCUCAAGUUUCAAUCAUGAUGUAGAUUAGUAAAAGUUGAAGUGAUUAUGCAUAGUGUGAUAUAUAUGAUGUUGGAUGGGAUUGUCUUC